UUUGGAGAUCACCAUGAGGACAAGAUGAAUGCGCCAAAGCAUCUGGAAGAGGCAUAAGACAGCAGCAGCGGCGUCGGCAGCGCCCACUGCCUGACCCGUACGCAAGUACUCGUGAUGCCUUCUGCUUCCACAGCUGGGCUUCUGCGACCCACAGCCCGUCUCGUGAUUGCCGCCAUCAGCUUUCCGGCCCUUGCGCAAGGUCAGGUGGACUCGGGGAACAACCCAGCAGUGACGCCCGAUGUUGGCCGCACACCUGCGCGGUCUCCCUCUACGGGCGGCCGGCGGCCGCUGCUGGCCAAACCACGCGAUCAGGGGGGCGACCUGGCGGCGAGUAUCGUGGACUGGGGCGAGGUCUGGACCAAGGACAACACCACAUGGAAAACAUAUGAGGUGCGUGGGGGUGGACCGACAGACAGGCAGACAGGCAGACGGACAGACAUGCAGGCAGGCAGGCAGGCAUGGCACGGCUGACUGGGGUGUGUGUUUGUGCGCGUGUGUCAGGUUGGUCCGCGGAAGUGGAGGCGAUUUCGGUUCAAGGUGACUGAGGCCAUGAUGGCCACGGACGCCAACCUGUUUAUCGAGAUGCGGUACGACAAGCAAGGCGGCCGCCACUCCUCCCUCACCCCCGACGGCAGCCCCCAGCAGCAGCAGCAGCAGCAGGCGUCCUCUGCCUCGUUCACCGUCAACAAGGACGGCUAUCGGUUCAUCCCGCCCGACCCUCUUCUGCUGGCCAAGGCCAACGCGCCCCCCACCGCCACGCUCAACGGCGGCAAAGGCAACUGGGACGCCAAUACGGCCUUUAUGGACUCGCACGCCUACGUCGUGUGGAAGGUACCGUUACAGAAAUAAAAGUGAAAGUGACAAGCCAAAUUUUGGUGCCGGCCACCAAGAAGGGAAUGCGUGUUCCCCUCCCUUGUCUCUCUGUCUACCUAUCCAUCUCCAGGAGUACCACCAUAUCUUGGUUCCGGCCGAGGAGCUGCAGCUCAACGACACGUGGUGGGUGGCGGUCUUGAACUUCCCCAGCCAGUACCCCAACACCGUCACGCUCACGCCGACCAUCGACGCGGCCACCAACGAGACCAGCUUCACCAACCGCAUCAAAGACCUGCCCAUGACUUUCAACAUCCGAAUCCGCCAGUUCCCCCACGGCGAGCGGCCCUGCCCGAGGGACUGCUCUGGCCAUGGGGUGUGCCGCGCCGUGGGCAAGUGCCGGUGCGACACUGGCUGGGCUGACAACGACUGCUCUGUACCGGCGCAUGUGUUGGAGAGCGGUGAGGCGCUGCAGAAGUCCAUCCCGGCCGGGGAGUGGAAGUACCACUACCUCGACAUCCCCUCGGAGGACGACAGUGACAGAGGUGGGUGGGAAAAAAGGGGGUGGGAGAUCCACAUAUGCGGCAGCAUUGGAUGUGCUGUGCUGUGUGGAUUGCUUUGCUUGGUGUGGUGUGCAGACCGUGGCAACACGCUUCGGAUCGAGAUGGUGCACCGAGGCGGCGACCCUCUCAUGUUCAUCAAGGCCACAGACAAGCAGUGAGUGAGCAUGACAUACAUACAUGACUAUGGCAUGGCAUAUUAUAUGGCAUCCCACGUACACUCACUACACCGCUAGCUAGUUGCGCACGUGACGUGACACAUACGUAUGUGUGAAGGAAAGGACCACCCCACGAAACCUGUUGGUUGGGCUGGUUGCCUUGCUGUGUCUGAUAUAUAUGAUGUAUGUAUGUAUGUGUGUGUCAGGGAUUAUCUGAUUCCGACCCAGCGCAGCGAGGACCACACCUUCUAUCUGCCAAUGCGGCCGGGGGGGAGAAGGCAAAUCGUAAGGAAGGGGCGCGCGCACUCACAUAGUCGGGAUGGACGGGGGAAUAAAGACACACACACACCCACACCCCUACACACACAGACGCGUCACAUGUGACUCACGUGUCGUGUUGUCCCUCCCGUCUGUGUGUUGUGUUGUGUUGCAGCUGCAGAUCCAGAUAUCGCAGUACCCCUCCGACAGAUGGUUCUUCGGUACGGACAAGACAAAGCGCACGCUGGACAGAGAGGAGAGGGGAGGAGAGUGGGGAUUCACACACAAGGAAGGCACACACGGGGUCCCUGUCUGGUCUGUCGCCUCGCCAGGCAUCUAUAACUCACGCGCGGAGCGUCGGCGUGCGCUGCGAGACACGCAGUACUCGUUGCGCGUGACCCUUCUCAACGCCCCCUUCUCGCGCAUCAACCUCUACAUCUACGUCGUCCCUGCUAUCGUAGUCGUCAGCACUUCACACACACACACACACACACACGCACUCACACACAUAGAUGUACUGCACUGCACUGCACUGCACGGCCCGCCCUGUCUGUCUGUCUGUCUGUCUGCAUGCGUGUGUGUGUGCGCGUGUGUGGUGGUGUAUCUAUCUAACGGUCAGGUGUUUGUGAUGCUGUGGGUGAUGUAUGCCAUCCACCGGAGCGUGCAGACGCGGCACAGAUCGCGGCUCGACGCGCGGCAGCUGGAGAUCAUCCUGCAUGCGGUGAGGGAGCGGCCACACGAGGCACAAAACGGUCCGGCUCGCACACACUCACCCCACCCUGCUCUCUGUGCUGUGGGGGUGUCUAUGUGCAGCGGAUGGUCGGUCAGGACGGCGGUGCCUCGCCGCGCCGAUUGAGCAACGUAGACGAGCUCUUCCCGCCCAUCAAGUUCAAAGAGGCCCUCACCAAGACGCGCGUGUGGGGCCUCCACCACCACCACCGUGCACCCAAUCACUCGCGCAGCUUCCGCACACCGACACGGUCCACACACUCGUCAGUGACCUCACUCGCUGCGACGUCGCAGCCAGCCGAUGGGAGCAGCGCCGAAGACCACACCAGCACCUCUCAGCCGCAGCAGCAGCCGACGGUCUUCGGCAGACCAUCUUUUCAGUUCAUCGGUGUGCCCAUCAAAACAGAGUAAUUAAUGCUCGUCAGUGUGUGUGUGUGUGUGUGCGUGUGUGUGUGUCUGCAGGUCCGCCGCUGGCCCCUCCCACUCCGCCCCCGCUCCCCUGCACAGACCUUUUAGGCCGCCAGGCAUCCGAUGCGACCACUCACAACGAACAGCCGCCAGACACGCCCCACCAACAAGCGACUCCGAGCGACAACGGCUCGGCAGCAUCCCCGAUGCCAUAUCAUCGUGGGCUGGUGGGUGGUGGGGCUGAUAGUGCGAGUGACAAUGGGAUGGCCGAGAAGACGCCCAGCCGGUCGUGGACGGUGGCCACGGGCGACGAAGAGCUCUGGUCAGUAGAGAAGUGAGGGCUCGGCGGGUAUAUGUGGGAUUUUGCGUCCGUCCGAGCGUCAUCAAUAUCAGUGUGUGUGUGUGUGUCCGUGCCGUGUCUGGUCUGCAGCUGUUCCGUGUGUUUGGUCGAGUUCGACAAGGAGGACGAGGUGCGUGUGCUCGACUGCAGCCAUGUCUUCCACAAGGACUGCAUCGACCAGUGGUUCACCGGGUCCACCGUCUGCCCGCUGUGCAAACGAGACUACGGCCCACCGCCACCACCGCCACCAGACCAAGUAACACAACCACCACAACAAGAACAAGAGCAACAGCCACAGCUGGAAGGGGACCAGCAGCAGCAAGGUCACCAACAAGACAACACGGCAGCACCACCAGCAGCAGCAGCAGCGGAUGGCUCUGACACCCCAGCCGCCCCACCAGCGGCAGCAGCGGCAGCGGCUAGCUCGUCCCCCGCCCCUCACACCGAUAUUUCCGUGGCCGAUUUUUCGGCCCCUAGAGGGGCGGACGCGGCGAGUCGUCACAGUGGCGACGCAGUGAUAGUGCCAUUGGCCGUAGAUGCGGCGAGUGGAGCAGAAGCGAGAGAUACGGAUGGCGAUACAGGGGCGGGGGUGGUGUUGAGGACGCCGUGACAGACAGACAGACAGACAGGCAGGGAGGGAGGGAGGGGGAGUGUGAAAGCGCUUUUCUAUAUUGUGGAAGAGUGGACGCGAUGUGAGGUGUUUUUUGGUGAUCGCGUGUGUGCGUAUAUCUGUUUGUGGGUGCUGUUUGUGGGGUGGGAGAUGGGCGAGUAGGGAGGGAUGGGUGGGCAAGGAAGACUGACUGUUUUUGUGACUCUCCGUCCGGACAGACAGACAGACAAGGGAGGUUGAGAGGGGGGUGGGGGGUGGCGGGGAGAAGGCAGCCGUGCUUUGUGCGUCCAUACAUGCGUGUGUGAGUGCAUUUAUCGACCCACUCAGUGGGACAGACAGACAGGCAGACAGACACACAGACAUUCAGACAGACAAAUGGACCAGUGAGCCAACCGUGUCAGUCAGCGGGGCGGUUGAUAGAUCUCAUCCAUGUCAUCCAUGUGGUGUCUGUCCAUGUGCGUGCAUCGAUCAUGAUGUAUAUGAUGUGUGUGCGUGUGCGUGUGCGUGUGUGUGUUUUUUCGACAGACAUUCAUUGCCGCGCGAUGCGAUCGAUGCGUGCAUGUCAGUCAGUACGUGUGAGGCAGGCCUCUUGUCGUCAAGAUCUGCAUCUAUCUAUCUUAUCUCAUGCGUGCGUUGGGUUGGGAGGGAGGCGCCCUUAUGGCAUGCGCUGUGUGUCUUUGUGUGGCAGGUGGGGUGGACCGAUCGUGUGUGUGUGUGUGUGAGAGAGCUUGCUCUUUUUGCUCAACCACCGACCGACCGACAGCAACUUGAGUGUGCGUGUGUUGGUUGGUUGGUUGAUCGAUCAGCUCACGCCCCUCCAUCGCCCCUACACCCCAUCCAGGGAACACAAGACGCAGGCAGACCUGAUGGGCCCGGCACUGCAAUGGCGCGUGCCGUCGAUAUCGAUAUACGCUGCGAGUUGUGGUCGGUAAG